GUAUCCUAGCAACGUCUAUUUACUAAUGGAUAACUAAAUUUUCUAUAUACAUUAUAUAUGUGCCUCUUAACAAGAUUGCAAGGAAAAUGUUUACUGCAAAGAAAGAAGACUACUGGUUGAUACUCUUCUGUUACUUCAUUUACUAUUCUGGAUAAUUUCUGACUUUAAAGGUAACGCAUCAUUUCCUAUAAAGGUACAGUUGCCUCUAAGUGUUCUAAUUAUGCGUGACAGCAAGAGCACUUGAAAAUGAGGCAGUAGACUGUGGGGUCUGCACCCAGAUCUAGGCUCCUGGCAAUCUGAGACCCCGAGAGACUGAAAGGGGUCCUCAUGGCUGAUGGGCACUCUUCGGUCAGUGAGAGGAAAGAGUCGGCGCCUCCAUACCUCCAUGAGAGAAGCAAAUCCUUGUACCCACCAGCGGUGGCCAACCCCUUCUUGCAGGAGACACACCUCAGCGUGUGGCGCUGGAUCUCCAUUAUCCUCAUGGGGACUGUGCUGGUGCCGCUGCGGGUGUUCUGCAUGUUCUUCCUCAUGGUCUUCCUCUGGCCAGUCACUGCUUUACUCACCACAGGUUUAUCUGCUCAACCAACCAAGCCCCUCAGGCGUUGGAGGAAAAGACUCUUAGAACCAGCCACCAAGUUCUUGCUUCAGGCCAUCUUCUUUUUAGCAGGAUUCCUAGUUAAAGUGGAAGGCAGAAAGGCAAGCCGGGAUGAGGCCCCCAUCCUCGUGUCGGCGCCACACUCCACUUACUUUGAUGUAAUCCUCUGUGCGGUGGCGGGAUUACCCUCAGUGGUCUCUGCAAGUAGAAAUGCAACGAUUCCAGUGGUUGGGAAAAUCCUGCUGUCAUUGCAGCCGGUCUUCGUGACCCGAGAUGACCCCAAUUCCAGGAGGACUACCAGGGCAGAAAUAAUGAAGCGAGUGACAUCCAAAAGGAAUUGGCCACAGUUGCUGAUUUUUCCCGAAGGCGUGUGUACCAACCGCUCCUGUCUGGUUACCUUUAAACUAGGGGCCUUCUCUCCAGGUGUCCCUGUGCAGCCAGUGCUACUCAAGUACCCAAACACCGUGGACACAGUCACCUGGACCUGGCAGGGGUUUUCAGCCAUCCAGGGCUUUAUUUUGACCCUGAGUAGGCCUUUCACUAGGAUAGAAGUUGAGUUUAUGCCUGUUUAUGUCCCAAAUGACCAAGAAAGAAAAGACCCUGUCCUUUUUGCGAAUACAGUGAGGAUCAACAUGGCAAAUGCUCUCGGGGUGCCUGUGACAGACCAUACCUAUGAAGACUGCAAACUGAUGAUUUCUGCAGGUAAUCUUCAACUUCCCAUGGAAGCUGGUUUGGUGGAAUUUACAAAACUGAGCCAGAAAUUGAACUUAGAUUGGGAUAAUAUUCAUCAGCAUUUGGAUGAGUAUGCUGCCGUCGCAGCUGCCUCAAAAGGAGGGGUGAUAGGAAUUAAAGAGUUUGCAAAUUACCUAAAACUCCCAGUUUCAGAGCCCUUGAUACAGCUUUUUGACCUCUUUGACAGCAAUAGGGAUGGCUACAUAGACUUCAGAGAAUACGUGAUUGGUCUGACUGUCUUAUGCAAUCCUUCUAACACUGAACAGAUUCUGAAAUUGUCAUUUAAGCUUUUUGAUCUUGAUGAGGAUGGCUUCAUAACAGAACAGGAGUUAACUGCUAUACUUCGGGCAGCUUUUGGAGUGCCAGAUCUUGAUGUUUCCAGACUCUUUCGGGAAAUAGCUGGAAAGUCACAGCGCAUUUCAUACAGGCGCUUCAAGAGAUUUGCCCUGAGAAAUCCACACUAUACCAAGUUAUUUAGUUCCUACUUAGACCUUCAGGCAGCCUAUAUAUAUUCUUUACCAUAAGUAGGGUUUAAUCACUGUAUUCAAAAGAUAAAGUUAUUCCUGAAAAACGGUGAUGUAACUUCCAGGUAGAAUCUAUGAUUGAAAUAAAAAUUAUCUUUUGAGG